AUCCCGUACUGCAAUCAAAUCGAUACGUGGCAUCCAAGUGGGUGAUCAAAAACAAAAUUAAGAUUCAAACAAUGAGAAAAAACGGUGCAUCCCGAGGAAAAGGCAGAGGUAGAGGAAGAGGGAGAGGAAGAGGUAGAGAAAAAGACAGACCUGAAAAUAAACGUAAACAACACCAUCGUGAACAAGGAUGUCCAACAACAUUCACGGUUACCCCAAAGUCGAAAGUCCCUUCAGACAACAUCCUGGAAAAAGUUGCAUCAAGAUUGCGUCAAAACGCAUGGAAACCUGUAUUUCGAACAUUGAUGAGACAUUCCAACCAAAACAUUGAAGGGGUUAUUGAUUCUUUUGAGUACAAGUAUCCUGGUGAACUAAACGAGGUCAAGUAUAAAUGUCUUAUUAAAUGGAAAGAAUGCAUGGGCAAAGAUGCUACCGUUCAAAUUCUACAUGACGCCCUUAAUAAAAACUCUCUGCGCUCAGAAUCAGAUUAUCUAACAGGGAUUUUGGAAGAAGAGGAAAAAUUAUUGGAAAUAGAAAUUCCGGAUGAGGAAGAAUAUAGACAUCGGAGACAAAGGUGUGAAUCUGGUAACACUUCGCCAUUAUCUUUGGGAUUCGGAAGUGUGAUAUCAAUAAACCAAGACGUGGAAGACAUAUUCACAGAACCGGAAAGUUUAUCAGAAGACAAGCUUCAAGCACUCCUCCAAAGGGUACCAUCCGACAUUUUGAUGUUUAAAUUUGAUCCCAUGGAUUACCUACGGGAUUUCAAAUGUCUUAUGAUUGAUAUUGUGAGUAUGUGGAACACCCCGCACCGUGGAAAUGCACAUAUUGUCAUUGGUGUUGACUACAAGCCUGACAAUUGUGGACCUGAUGAUCUGACGAGCAACAAUUUAUGUGUCGGGAUAACUCAAGAGCAGAGACGAGAUAAUGAUUUUUACCACGGACUGUUCAAUGAACAUUAUUUCAACUAUGUACCAGAUUUUUUCUACACUGAAAUGUUUAGUGGCAGUGAUAGUCAAACAGACAAGAAGUGUGUUGGUGUUUUUACUAUAACAAAUAAUGAAAAACGAUUUAGAAAUGAACCAUGUGUUGCAGCGAUGUGUCUCGCAAGACCAGAUGCUAGUUGGGUUACUGGAGUUGUGUGGGUUCGCAAAAGGGGAAGGAACAUGCAUGCAAAAGAUGAAUAUCUGAAUACAAUUUACAAUUGGUUUGAAAAGUCAAACAGUGAUGUGGCUUGUACGACACCAGUAAAAGAAGAAAGCUCUGAUCACAGCGAAUUUACAAAUCUUCUUCAUCAUUCAGAAAAUUUUUCCGACACUAACGCUUAUUGCUUGAUUACAGAUUCUCUAGUGAAUCAAGAUGACAGCGAACAAGUUGCCGCAGUCAGUUUGGUUUCUUGGUUAAAAGUUUUUGAUUUUGACACCGACAGCCCAAAGACAGGACUUCUGAAUGCGUGUGAAGUACAAAUUAAACAAUCUGGAGUACUACAUAAAACAACAUGGAAAAACAGUCCUGGAAAACUUUCUUCUGGAUCGACUAACUGGUAUUUUCCUGCAGGAUACACUAUUGAGCCUCAAUCUGUAUUGGAAGAUGUUGAUUCAUGGAAAGCACAAGCCAGUGGGUCCGUUGAUGAAAACUGCUGCCAGUUAGCUGAAUACUGCACAGCUAGAAUUCCGCUAACAGUGUUAGUGUUGUGGUACGGUCAAACGAGUUGUAAUUAUUUGAUAAGACUAAUAAUGACUCAUCUAGAACAUUACUUACAAAACCGUUACAAGAUGAUAAUAUGCUGUAAAGGAAGGACCGCCGAGGACGUUUCAAAAUUGGAAUUUAUAGUCGAGCAAGUAAAUGGCAUACUUUUGGCUAACAUACCCCUGAGUACUGUAUGCGAGGCUAUAAAGUAUUCACAAAAUCGUAAACAAACGAGAAAGGGAAAACUGAUUGAGUUUGAACUACCAAGUGUUAGGUCUGAUAACAGCCCAAUUAUUCAGCCCGUUGAUAAUGUAUGGCUUCAGAUCUGUCUUGAAGUACUUUAUCUAAAUUACAACUAUCAACCGGAAAGUGGAACAGACAAAGAUACACAAUUAGGAUUGGAAUUUCUUCGUGGUGAUGUUUUGACGUGGUACGAGCUUCAGGUAGGCAAAUAUGAUGCUGAUAGGGACAUCAUGAAAAGUAUAAUUUCCGAAGUAGUCUAUUCUGUGAAAUCGUGCAAAUCUAGAAUUAUUGAGCUCUAUCAUGACCCUGGAGCUGGGGGAACAACUCUUGGUAGAAGAAUCCUCUGGGAAACACAUCUAUGCAAUAAGGCCCCUUGUGUAAAUGUCACAUCUUUGCAGGACAUCAAGGCACUUUCUGAAAGGAUUGAAUUUCUUUAUCAGAAAACACUUCUUCCGAUUGUAGUAUUAAUAGACGGCAGUGAUGCCAUUUUUUGCCGUCGACUUCUGAAAAUAUUACAAAACUGCGUGGUUGUUAUCAUAUUAUUACAACGAACAGUUUCAAAACCUAAGUCUCAGAAGAAUAUUUUUCAUUUAAAAGGAAAAGUAACAGAGAAUGAAGCAGCACAUAUUGCAAUAUCCUUUUCAAAAUAUGCCAAUUACAAACAAAGAUCAGUGCUUCAGACGUUGGCAAUAAGGGUAAAAGAAAACCAUACCCAUCAUGUUUAUGAGUUUGGCCUUGCUGUUUACGAAGAACAAUUUAAAGGUGUACAGUCCUAUGUCGAGGGGUAUCUUCAAUAUGAUGGAACAAUUAAUCGAAGGCAGAAAGUACUUUCUUUUCUUGCACUGGCUUACUAUUAUGGACAUACUGCGGUUCCAGCUCAACUCUUUGCUGAAAUACUUGGAGUUAACAAGAAAUCUGCAGUUACCCUUAAGGAAAACAUGAGCUAUACAAAUUUCAUUGUUGAGUUCUUUGAACAUGGAAUUAGGCAGUGGCGAAUAACGCAUUAUAUAGUGGCAAAAGAAAUACUGGAACAACUUUUUGGCAAUGCUGAAAGAAGUAAUUCCAGAAAUGUCUUUUCAGACGGUACAAAGAGAAAAAUAUGCAACUUGACGUGUGAUUUCAUUGAAGAGGCUGCUAAGGCGAGUCUAGGUAAACGUAACAGAUACUGUCCAGCCAUUAUGCAAGUUGUUUUAUCGACAGUGAUUUAUCGUGAUCAUAAUGAUAUUUACUAUGGCACAGACGAUGUCAAACAACAAAAACGACCAAAGAUAUCGAGGCUUAUUUAUGACAUCAAGUCCGAAUCGCCGUACGAGGAACGUUUAGAUGUUUUACGAAAAAUUACGGAAUGCUUUCCAAACAAUCCUAGCGGCUGGGCCCAUCUUGGACGACUAUACGGUUUGUACCGACCAAAUGAAAUUGCCAAGGCAACGGAAUUUUUUGAGAAAGCUCUGACCUUACGGAAAGAAGAGCUGAACUGUUAUAGCAAAGACAGGAAAGAAGAGAAGUGCACUCCUGAUUCCCAACUUACUCAAAUCCACCACAUGUAUGGUAAGGUUUAUGACUCAGAGGUACGAAAUAUCUUAGGAAACAUGCCACAAUAUGAUACGUUACUUCCAAAUGCAACUAGUAGAGAUCGUGACAUUACUGACCCCAAUUCGGAGUUUCAUAAAACAUUAGAAAGAAGUAUCAAGAGUGCGAGAUUAGCGAUUGAUAACUUCAUUAUGAGUCGAAAAUAUGUCAAACCGGGAUACGAGCAAACAUAUGGCUACAAUGGUGAGCUAUCGCUAAGACUGAAUAUCAUCGAUUUCACCACAAAGCACUAUUCACUCAAAGAAUAUCUUGACUGUAAAGCAGCUGACCAGUCUUCUAAGGACUUUAUCCGGGAAUGCUUUCUUAAAUGCGACAUUCUGAUUCUAGAAUGCCACGACCUUGUACUUACACACACGUCCGAACAAUCUGAGGAGUUUGUUUCUAACGUCAAUAGAUUUCACGUUCUGUUCUUCGGAGCUGAGGAGGCGUUAGCGAUGUGGGAAGGACAUGAUACAAUUCUUAGUAGAAGAAACAAAAUCGCGGCCUACAAACUAAAACACAGCGAUCGACGUCAUCACCACGUUAGCAUUGAGAUGGUCACUUCCGCAGAAGAUGUUAAAAAAAUAGUGAAAUUACAUGAAGAUAAUAUCAAUCAAAUAUACGAUGAGGGUAUCUUUGACAUCAACUUUGAUCAUGACGUCAUUCACUGGCUAAGGAUGAUUCGAUCAACCCUAUGUAAACCUAAGUAUAGUAUUGAACAUGUUAUAUCUUACGUUCGAAAAUGGUAUGAAGUUAGGAAAUCACCCCACGCCCUAUACUAUCUUUUCGUUCUUAACACACUACUUGGUAUUGGGGUUAGGGAAUUAAAACAAGAGCAACCUGGGUUAUCUAACAAUUUUGUUGAAGCACAGAAAUUGUUACCGGAUCUUCAGCGAAUAAGUAAUCUUGUCAGUAAACCAGGAAUGGCUCUUGAGUGGAUUGGCAAACUUAAAGGCAUUGAUCGAUUACUUGAUCACAAGACUCUCAAGCACAAAGGGGAGAGCGUUUUUUUCUGGGAAAAAGCUGAAGUAAAACAGUUAUUAGAGGUCCGAUAUGGCUAUAUUGUCGACUCUAGCAAACAUGUAAAGGGAACUAUCAACCUUAUAUUGAAAACAGCAGGAUCAACUAAAGAUGCAAUGACUGUAUCAUUCGUUCCAAUUCGUAAUGGUCUUUAUGGGAAGAGAUAUAAGGGAGAGAAAGUAGCUUUUAAUCUUGCUUUCACUAUGAACUCUGGGUUGAAAGCAUUCAAUGUAUGUCAGGUGAAGACUGUCAAAUGCCAGGGAUGCAACAGAUCACACGAGUACUCGGCUCUGGAGAACCAAAAAUAUAUACACUGUCAAUGCAGCCGUGGCAAGCCUAUUGUAAUUAAAGAUGAACUCUUCCAGAUGUAGAU